GAUCAAUGAAAGUCAAAAAUGUCAAAACAAAUUAAAUCAACAAACUGACGUGUACUUUGCAUAUUAUUUUUACAAAUGAAAUAAAACUUUGAUAAAUAAAUUUGAUUACAUUGAAAAUGUCUGAGUCAGAAAGACUUGUACAAAAUGAAGCUGGACCAUCUGAGGGCACAGAAAGGGGUGAAGGCGAUGCACCACCAGCUGCAUCCGUAUCUGAACGGGAAGCAUACUUUCAAGCCCUUCGAUUAUGGAUCCAGCAGGCACAAAUGUAUCAGAACCUAUCCACUUGUUUUCCCUACUAUAUGAUGUCAUUUCAAGGCUUACAAAAUAAUGCUACGAAUGUACCUCUUUUGAAUAACAACUAUCAGUUUCAAAUGCCCUUUCAAGUUCCCAAUGCGCCUCGGAACGCUCCAGAAACACAGCCGCAGCCCGAAACACUCACUCCUGCUGAAGUGAUAGCUCGCCAUGGUGGAUUUGAGUAUGUAAUACCACCUUUACACAAGCGCCUUGUUGCUGAAUUCAUUGACUUCAUGCUCCUGUUUAUUGUAAAACUAAUAGUGACCUUCAUGGCAGUGGAUAUGUUUGAAUUGAUUGACCUUGACAAGUUUGAUUUCUACAAGUUCAGCGAGCACUAUGAUGACUACAAGUAUGCAAUGGAGUUGACAUCUGAGAUACUAUUUCUUGAAGUCAUUUACAGAAUAUUGGUGUGCAUAUUUGAGGCUUUCUGCUUGUCCAGUAGUGUGGGACGAACAGGCGGCGCGACUCCCGGCAAGGCAUUACUUGGUAUCCGCGUAGUGACGGCGUCCGCCGUCACACCUGUGGAGGGUCGACCUAGGGAGACUGUUCUCCUAUACCCUGGCCGAACACUUUCUUUCACUGUGGCAUUGAUCAGAUCACUAAUGAAAAACUUCCUUAUUUCCCUACUAUUUCCUCUCUGUGUGGUACUCUUUGUAUUUCGCCACAACCGCACCGGCUAUGACUUACUCUGUGGAGUUAUUGUCGUUGAAGAAAAUAUGUACCCACCAAGACGUCAUGCUCCAUGAGUUUGUACAAUUUUAUUUUAUUAAGAAAAUAUUUUGAAAAGGACAAGGUUGUUGAGUUGUGUGGUAUGGUGUUGCUGAAUUCCUAAUUUAUUUGUAAGUUUCCUCGAUCAUUCUUUAUUGCUCUUUGGUACAUAAAUUAUAAAUAUCUCCGAUUUCUGACAAAGUUAUUUACACAAAUUACAAGAAUCCACAACCAACAUUUUUGAUCUUUAAAUUAUGCUUUCAUUAUGUGUCUAUUUGUUAUUAUUUUUUACCAAAUUUAAGUAUGUUUUUUAUCAGCCAUUGCUAACACAAGUAUGACAUUAGGUAGUAUUUAAACAUCUGUUUAAAAAUUUAACUGUAAUGUUUAUCACUUGCCGAAUUGAAAUUCCUAUGAUAAAAACAUCACCAAAGAGUCGGAACUAUUAGCGUUUAAGCAUGUAUUCUACAUGAUAUACAAACAUAACAACAAUGAAAAGUUGUUUGUUAGUGUACUCAUACAGUGCAUCCAAAUUAUAAUAAAUUGUAUUUUUCAAGAGAUAGUCUUGACAAUGGCGGUUAUAGAUUUAUUUAUUUUUACAAAUCACAAUAUACAAUGUGAUAGAAAAAGUGCUGCCUGAUUUGUUAAGAUAUUGUUGAGCGAGUAGAGAAGACAUUAUUCUUCAUUGUAAAUCUUUAAAUCUUGUUAGGUAUAAGUCGUACUUACCAGAUGCAAAUGUAUGAAUUUUAGACAUGUCACAAACAUUCAUGUUUAUAUUACUUUUGUUUUUCUUAUUUCUUUCUAUUUAUCAUUUUUAUGGAAAAAACUUUUCAUAUCGGACAGUAUUUUUUGUAACACUGUAUUUGAAUUAGGCAUAGAAAUAUUUUAUUUUAAUGAAUGGAAAAUUUAAGUUUAUCCUAUUACGUUUAGAAAUUACGUUUGUAAUGCACAGUUCAGUUUAUUUGCUGUUUGCUGGGUGUAUUUAUUAUAAGUGUUUAAAUAUUAUUGCUAAAUGGUUUCUCUCUUGUGGAAAGCCUGAAAGGAAUAUAAUAUUAUUAUGAAAUGUAAUAAAAUGGAUAAAUGUAGGGUGUUCUAUAUAAUUUUUAAGUAGUAACAUUAUCUGUACAAUGAUAUAAUAUACUUUAAAACAAUGACUAUUGUUUUAAGUUUAGAAAUAUUUAAAAUACAAAGGUUUUCUUUAAAUUAUUUUGUCCUCCUUGGUUUUUAACUAGAAAGCCCAGGUUAAUGUUAAUAACUGCAUAUUAUAUUAUCAAGUGCUACAAAAUUUAUAGUACAGUGUUGGCAUUAUAAUCGUGAAUCGUUUAUUUUUCAGAUUAGUUUAAGUACUAAGUACCUAAUACUGGUUUAAAUACUGAGUUAUAAAAUUGUGAUAUUUAUUUUUGUGCAUUGUAUUAUAUUGUAAAUAUUAAAAUA